AUGCCGAAGGAGAAGCGUGCCGCUUGGUUGUUGGAGCGACGGGACGAGAUUAUCGGCAAGCUGAAUCGCGACUUCAGCAAGCCGUGGUUUGGUUGGAAGAAGGAUGGCAGUGUCGCAAAGGAGCUCGGCGACAUGACUUACGAGGAAACCGUUUUGCGUAUGGUGCGCCUGAUGUUCGUUGCUCACGAACAGCGCUGGAUUGAUGUCUCGUUGCGCAACUUAACCGGCGAUUGGCUUCGUCGUGUUGAAGAGCGUUUCGCGGGUGUCAACGGUGGUGGACAGAAGCCUUCUCUGCUUCAGUCUUACAAGUCCCUGGAAGACCCCCUGCCUUUCAUCAAGUCCUUCUUGAAUGAGUAUCCGAUCGCCACUAAGCAGCUCCUUGCUGCAGAAGACUCCGCCUACCUCCUCGCCAUCUCCCAACGUCCCGGUCACAAGCCUGUUCCCUUCAUUCCUGUUCUCGAUGCCACUUUCGAAGUCUGGUUCAAGAAGGACUCUCUUUGGGCUGCUGAAGACAUCGAGGCUGUCUUCGACCAAGACCCCCAGCGCGUCAAGGACGAGCCGAUCAAGGAUAUGUUGGGCAACAUUCAUGCCGAACUCAUUCAACGUCUUCUUGCUUCCAAGACAACGGCGACGAAAGCAAAGUUCCCACCAUCGACUACCUCGCUGCCCAUCCCAUUCCUCCUCUUUUCCGUCGUCCCGUGCAUUAAACGCACCCAAGAGAGGCAAGCGGUCGACGCGCUUGCCUGUUACCUCGGUUCGGCUCAGAACCUUGGGCGGUCAAGAGCUGAGCCGGUUGCGCGCUUUGACCCCUUCGACGACCAUCGCGUUCAAGGCACUUCUUACAUCGACAACCCCAUCAAGCGACUUCUUGCGCCACGAACAGGCCAGAAGAUUGUUGUCUGCUAUGAGAAUGGCGCUCCCGUUUCGGUCCCCCUCUAUGCUCGUUCUUACGGCGAGCACAAGGAGUUGUUCAAGGCCGUUGAAAUCAAGUACUCCCCGACAACGAAACUCAUCGACAUCACCAUUUUCGAAGAUCGUCGCGAUGUGUCCGUUCCGCUCUCCCUCCAAUUCGAGUACAAGCCGUCGAUGGGAGCGAAAUGCGAGCCACUGAAGCCCCGCGCCGAGCGGGCCAGCCGCCACACGCACAGCCGGCCCGGGAAGCCGGUCAUCGAGGUCGUUUCCGCCUUCCUCUACCGUGGUCGCUUUACCGACUACGAGAACACUUUCGAGACGACGGAGGAACCUGACUACGUUGUCAAGCUCGAAACGGAUGCUGCUGUUGGUGUUCUGCAAUCGAAGGAAUGGUUCGAGUGGAUCGACGAGUCGAAGCCGCUCAAUGUCACCGUUACCGGUCAAGUCUUCGUCCGCAACCAGCUGAAGGAGCUCAUUCCUGUUGGCUCAAUCGACUUCGAGCCAGAUGACGGCCGUGGUAACCCGGUCGUUGCUUACAUUCAACGACAUGGUGUCGCGCAAGGUCUCUCGACGCCUCUCCCCAACGAGGGCUACACAUUGAACUCGACCCCAAUUUCGUUCCACGCUCCACUUACCAACGAGCCUUACUCGAAGGUCUCAGGUGACUUCAAUCCCAUCCACAUCAACCCGUACUUCUCCGACUAUGCCUCCCUCCCUGCCACGAUCACCCAUGGAUUGGACACCCUGAACGCGUUCUCUCCUACGACGUCUCGUUCGUUGGCAUGGUCAUUCCUGGUGACGAACUCAGUGUCAAAAUUCGCCACGUUGGCAUGCGGGAUGGAAGCAUCGUCGUCAACAUUGCCACUUCUAUGUAACUCUCGUGGCGAGAAGGUGCUAGGGGGCUCGGCCGAGGUUUCGCAACCCACCACGGUCAACGUUUUCACGGGUCAAGGUUCGCAAGAGCAGGGCAUGGGCAUGGACUUGUACAAUUCAUUGCCUGCUGCUCGUGCCGUCUGGGAUGGAGCCGACACCCACUUGCUUGCAGUCUAUGGCUUCUCGAUCGUCGAGAUCGUCAAGGACAACCCGAAGGAGAAGACCAUCCACUUUGGUGGUAUCAAGGGUCAAGCUAUUCGUCGUCGCUACAUGGACAUGACCUACGACACGAUGGACAAGGACGGGAACGUCAAGACCCGCUCUUCUCGGACAUUGAUGUUCGCACGCCCAAGUAUACCUUCAGCCACCCGCAAGGAGAAGGCCGCUUUCGAGGACAUGCGCAUGAAGGGCUUUGUUCAGAAAGACUGCGCUUUCGCUGGCCACAGUCUUGGAGAGUAUUCUGCCCUGGCCUCAAUUGCCGAUGUCCUCCACAUCUCCGCCCUCGUCGAUGUCGUCUUCUACCGUGGUAUUACCAUGCGGCGGCGCUGUCGAGCGUGA